AUGGCGCCCAAUGCAAGAGUGGCGAUAUUUACACUGUUGACUAGUAGCUUAGUUCUUCAGUUAAUAUCCUUGGUUGUAACUACGAUAUUGAUAACAAGAAAUAAAACUAAAUUGGCUGCUAUUCAGGAGUUCAAUAAUUCGAAAAGACGCCUAAAAAGACGCUUAAAAAGGCUUCGACGACCCCCAAGAAGGUCAAGAAUUUGGCGCCGACCAGGCAGGACGUCUAUCUGGUGGACUAAUAUUUGGGAGAACAAAGCAAGCAUUCAGGAGUGGAAAGAAAAUUUUAGAAUGACUAAAAGGAAUUUUAUGCAGCUUUGGGAAAAGCUGAGGGCACAAUUAACUGGAGAAGAUACUGUGAUGAGAAAAGCAAUCCCCGUAGAAACGAAAGUUGCAGCUACACUGUAUUUAGCAGACGAGUCAAGAUAUAGAAAGGUUGCAAAUGCCUUUGGCAUUGGAAAAACCACCUUAUCAAAAAUUCUUCGAUCAGUUUGCAUUGCCAUAGUUAAGCAUCUAGGAAAAGAGUACAUAAAGAUUCCAACUGAUGUGGCAAGCAUACACAAGUUGGCCAGCCAAUUUUAUGAUAAGCAUGGUUUUCCACAAUGUAUAGGAGCUGUAGAUGGAACACACAUACGGAUAAAGCAACCAAGAGGAAAGUCAUCUGAAUAUAUUAAUCGGAAAGGUACUUACAGUCUAAAUGUUCAAGGAACAUGUGAUUUCAAGUACUGCUUUCUUGACGUUGUUGUCAAAUGGCCAGGGAGUGUCCAUGAUGCUCAAGUGUUUGUCAAUUCGUCAGUGUGUAAAAUGCCUAAAGAUGGAACCAUUCCAACUUGCCCUAAAGUGAUUGUUCAAAAUUUACCUCCUGUUCCAAUUUGCAUUUUGGGUGAUCCAGCCUACCCACUCAAUACUUACCUGAUGAAGGAAUAUGAAGCAGGGGGCAUAACAGAGGCUGAACAAUUUUAUGGGUUCAGACUGUCAUCGGCAAUGGUGAUAGAGUGUGCAAAUGGAAGAUUGAAGGCCAGGUGGGGCUGUUUAAAAGGUGUACUAGAUGUUGAUUUGGAAUUGCUUCCAUAUCUCAUUUAUGCAUGUUUUAUCCUCCAUAAUUACUGCGAAGUACAUCAUGACGGGGUAGAUCAGGCUGCAAUUGAUGCAGCACUACGUUAUGAUAGAGAAUUCACUCAGCCCAGAAUUCAGAGCAUUGAACAAUUUAAUGAACAACCUAUGAACUGGCGGCAGCAAAUAGAACCUUGCCCAAAUAAUGCAAAGGACAUUCGUGAAAUAUUCAAAAUGUAUUUUGAAUGA